CCCCGAGCACCAGAGCCACAGCUUUCCAUACACCCACCGUCUCGUCGCAUUUCACAAGUCUCUCGCCGAAGCAAAGCAAAGUUACACAGCAGAAGCGUAGCGUACCGACCGAGCUAACCGAUGGCCAUGGCACCGACCGCGUCCGCCGUCUCCUUCUCCGCCCGUCCCUCGACGGUCCGGCCACGCGCCGCCUCCGCCUCGGCCUCGGCCGGAGCAGGGCGGGUUCCCGCGGGGACACCCCAGGGAGGCAAGUGGUGGGCGCCGCUGGUCGGCUGGUCCGGGAAGGCCGACUACAUCGAGCCCGCGGCGCCGGCGGUGGCCGAGGAGGAGAAGCCCGGGAGGUCCUUCGUGGGCGGCCUGACGGAGGAGAAGGCGCGGCAGCUGCGGGCCCGGAUGUCGGAGACGGAGAGCUUCCACGACGCCAUGUACCACUCCGCCAUCGCCUCCCGCCUCGCCCGCUCCUCCUAGGAGAUCCGGCCACCAACAAACCAACUCGCCGACGCGAAGCCGCUGUACAUAGCGUUUCCUCUCUGGAUCUCCCCGUGGCUGUUGUGGGGAGUCCUUGAUGUUCUUCUAGCCAUGGAGGGAGGAGUGGUCAGAGGAGAUGAAGGAGGGGAUCUAGUUUUAGGGUUUGUCCCUUCCCGUCGUCUCCGGCCACCGCGAUGCUCCCCGGUCUUGUUUUGCUUUUGUACUGUAAUUAGAGUACAAGCUCGGAAUCAGAUGUUUCGAUUCGGUUC